AUGAAGAAACAUUCUGCAAUUUUCUUUUUUAUUUUCCUUUCUUUAAUUGUUCUUGUCUUCGCUCAUAAAGAAGGAAAAGCAAUGCGAGAUGUUUUUUGUAACUUUAUAGAAGAUGACCGUGGUUAUGUUUGUGAACUUACCAAAUUAAAAUUAUUCAGUGAAGACGACAUUUUAAGAUUCACCGGAGAACAAAUGAGUGGAAAAUCAAAUGAAGACGUCAAAUAUCUUCACAUUCAUUCAUCUGAAAGUAACAUUGUUCCAUCGGAAAAUAUUUUCAAUUUCUUUGUGAAUCUGGAGAAGUUGGAAAUGAAAGGUGUUGGUGUGCGAACUGUCAGCACAAUCAUCAAUUGUAUGCCAUUAGACCUAAUCAUUCUAAGUGAUAAUCAAAUCUCAUUUCUUGAUGCUGGAACAUUUAUUGAAUGUGCCAAUUUAGAGAUUCUUGACCUGGCAAGAAAUGAAAUAAAGAAAAUCAACGAUAAUGCAUUUUCAUCAUUGAAAACUCUCAGAGAAUUGGAUUUGAGUAACAAUCAACUUGACAAAUUGACAAGAAAAUCAAUAAAACCUAUGAAGAAUCUAAGAAAAUUGUCAUUUAGGGCUAAUAAAAUUAAAGAGUUGCCGUAUAAUAUUUUCAAUGAUUUGUUUGAACUCAGAAAUUUAGAUUUAUCGGACAAUCCUUUAACACGUUUAGAUUUCCGAUCAUUUGAUAUAACUAUACGCAUUGAGAGUUUGAAAUUAAGUGGAACUGACAUCAAUAAACUUCAUCCUUACACAUUCAGGAAUCUUAGAAGAUUGAGAUUCCUUGAUAUCUCCCGGAAUGAUUUACAGCACAUAGAAAAUGAACUGAUGGCAACAAAUAAAGAAGUUGAAGAAAUUAGAAUGAAUGAUUGUGGAGUUAAAUCAAUUGGACGUCAGUUCUUUGAUAAAUUAGAUAGACUUAAAACUUUCAAAGCACUUGGAAAUAAAUGUGUUGAUGGCGAUUAUACUGGUGACGUGAUCCUAAUGAGACCAAAAUUUUUGGACUGUUUCAUCGAAUGGGAUAAAAUCAAAGAACGAGGGAAUAAAGGCAUUCACACUGGAGAUGAGUUGUAA